GUAAAAAAUAAUUAUCCAAGACACUUUAAAAAAUGGCAUUUACAUUUAUAUAAUCUUAAAGAGGAUGAUCAUAAAUAUUUGUAGUAAAAAGAUAAAUGGUGGAUGUACCCUCAUAUUUAAGAUAUCCUCAAAUCUAUUUUUAGCUCUCCCCAUUUGGCUAAAAUUGAGUACAAAAUGAAACUUUUACAACCCCUCACAUAAUAUCAAUGAACACAAAAAAUUCAUGUACUUUUGUUGUCUUUAAAGAGUAAACAAUUAUAACUAUCCAUAAAAACCAUUAUUUUGUUCACCAUGUGGUUCGUUGGGGGAAUCCCAGUAGGUUUUUUAAAUAGAGUGAAUACCUUGACUUUAAUGUAUCCGACUGUUGAAUAGCUAUAUGUCUGAUACAACGGAUAAAUAAUAUUUUUAAUUUGUUUAUAUAAAUUAAAAUUAUUUUGUUUACCAUUGUUUCAAAGGAAUUUGUUGGAUUUACUGUAAUUUACAAGAUAUCCAAUUUUGAAAAUCAGUGGAAAAUGUUAUGAAAUUAUCUCCCUUUGUAAACUCUUCAGUAAGUGAAGGGGGAAAACACCUAUUGUUUACAUGGAGGGAAAAUGUCGUCUGGUGGAUGUUGCUUUGGCACAGCGACAGAUUGUAACAAUAAUGUGAUAUAUAAUUUAAAAGACUGCGUGAAAACAACAUAUCACCAUUUAAGAUACCUGAAUGCGAACUCUAAAGGCAUAGACCUGCCAGAAAGUUAUUUAAUCCUGUGCAGAGCUGGUGUGAAUGUUAUUACUGCAGCCCAUCUAGACCAAAAUAUUUGCAAGUUUCACAGGGAUUUUCUUGGUGUGUAUUGGAAGCGAAGCAAACGAUCAUGUACACAUCCAUUUCAUGGAAAUUCAAAAUCAAAGCCAGACAGAGGCAUCACCCCAGUAAUUAGUAGAGAACUAUGGCUGCGUCUUCAACUCUCAGUUCCCAUAGGCGAAGCUGUAUGCAGAACAUGUGUUUCUAAACACAAAGCAGACCUCAGUCUUGGUGAACAAAUUGUGGAAGAAAUCAGAGACAGAGUUCAACAAAUGAGUAAUCCACCAUUACACCCAACUGAUGAUUUGCAAAGUUGCCUUUAUGUCAAUGCUGAUCCAGACAAUGUUCCAAUAUCUGAGUCCAACCAAACUGACCAUGCUGAUGACAUCAAUAUGUCAGACAGCGAAGCAUUGCAUUUGUCUCAGUCCACUGCUGCAUCAAAUUGGUCAGAUAUGCAAAAGUCUUCAAGGGAGAGGUACAAUGAUGCCAUGCAAAUGCUGACAAAUGGCCACCUGGAGUUCCUUCGCUCUCAAGCAAGCCAACCUCUACAGGACUUGCAGUACUCAACCAGAGCAUACUAUGUGCGUCAUGCAAAAGCUGCUUUUGAAUUUAUUUGUGACAUCAUAGCUCCUGGUCAAGGUCAUGAUCUAGUUGAUGAAGUAGUCUGCAGCUACAGAUCAAGCAGCUCAGUGGUAUCCCAACAAGAUUCAAUGACGGACACGGUAGUUGAGGCAUAUAAGAAGGCAGCAGACCAUACAACUAGAACUCAGAUUCUUUCCCUCAUUGCCAAUAAAUAUAGCAAAGCCACAUUGUUGAAAAUGAUUGAGGGUAUGACAAUCCACCAAAUUGAUAUGGCAAGAAAACAUGCAGCUACCUACUGGCCUGGGCAUUAUGUUGAUCCACCAAAGAUUGUUCGAGUCAGAAUAUCAAAAGGAAAAAUUCAGCAUUUUAUAGAGUUCAUAUCAGCUCCUAUGUACCUCCAUACAGUGGGUUUUGGUUCCAAACACUUGAAGCUCUCGUCAGGAUUGGAAGUCAAAAUACCUAAAGUAAUCCGUACAAUGAUUGCAUCAAGACUCAUCACCGCCUAUGUUGCAUAUUGCCAGGACAAUGAUAUUGUACCUCCAUCAAGAGCCACAUUAUAUAAGAUAGUGAAAGUGUGUGCAGCAUCACAGAUGAAAUCUUUACAUGGUAUUGACAACCUUGCCAGUGAAGGAGAAUCAGGAAUUUCCAUCAUUGAGAAAGCAGUGGAAAAACUAUCUGAAUUAGGACUUGAUGAGUUAAAAGUGAAGGACUUCAAGAAUCAAUUACAAGCUGUAAAAUUGCAUCUGAAGAAUGAUUUCAAGACACACCUUAUCACAAAAAGCACAUGCAUUGAGCAUUGCAUGCAAUAUGCUUUAUCUGAUUCCCGUUGCGAUCAUGAACAUUCAGAGACCUGCUCAUCUUGUCACCAAGUGAAAAAUGUCACCACUGAAAUUGCUCAGUGCCUUAAAGGUGUCCACUGUGAAGCUAAUGUGAAAGAGGAAAUUCAACAUGAUGUAGACUUGUCAUGUGAGAAAAUAGUGAACUGGCGAAAUCAUUGCAUAAGGACUGUGAAUCAGGAUGCAUGUAAGAGAGAUAUUCUGAACGACCUUCGAGAAGAUCAAGGAUUUAUAAUCAUGGACUGGGCAAUGAAAUAUUUGCCACAGACAUUCAGAGAAACUCAGAGUGAAUGGUGCGGAAAGCAAGGGAUCAGCUGGCAUGUAUCAUGUGUCCUCGUACGAAGAAAUGGUACAGAAGAUGAUGAACCAUUAGACAUUCUUUCCUAUGUCCACCUUCUUCAAAAUGGAACACAGGGAUGGUUCACGGUUUCCAAAAUUCUUACCCACACUUUGCAGAUGCUUCAUGAGAGUCACCCACAUCUGAGAGAAGUAUAUUUACGCUCUGAUAAUGCUGGAUGCUACCACUGUACCCCUCUUCUGGCAUGCCUUUGGAAAUUAAGGAACGAUUCAUUUGUGACAAUCAGAGAGUAUAAUUUUAGUGAAGCACAAUCUGGCAAAGAUUUGUGUGACUCGCGCACAGGGAGUUGUAGAAUGCACAUCUUAAAUUACAUCAAUGAAGGUAACAAUGUCACAAAUGUCUUUGAGAUGAAAGAUGCCCUUGAGAGUCAUGGGGGAGUGCGAAAUACAUUCACUUCCAUCAUUGAUGUUGAUAUGAGCACCCAGCCUGUACUGUCAGGUCAGCUUCAGAUCCCCAUAAGCCAGUACAACAACUUCACCUUUAUGGACAGUGGUAUAAUGGCAUUCAAGUCUUACGGUUUCGGAGAGCAGCUUAUUCCAUCCGAAAAGCUUGAAAGUGUUACAAAAAACAUGAUGGACAUCCAAGAAGCUAUGAUUGUUGCAAACGCCAAACCACCCACUGACAAACCAAGACAAAAGAAAACUACAAGUCGUUUGCUGUCAUGUUGUGAUCCUGAUUGUGUAAAAGAGUUCAGAAAAGAGAGUCAACUGCUAAACCACCUAGCUAUUGGUAAUCAUGUGUACGACAAUGAAGAGGCUGACAACAUACUGGACACCUCGAAAAGAAUGUGGGUGCAGGCAUGUACCAAAAUCAGAUCUACUCAACCCAUUGUUAGCAUUGAAACAGAUGAUCGGAAUGUGGCUGAUGAAGUCUCAUAUGAAACACAGGCAUAUGCACUGAAACAAAGGAAGAAAAGUGCAAGAUUUUCCAGUGCUGUGAAAAAGUUUUUGUUUGAGAUUUUUGAUGAAGGAGAAAAGACUGGUCGAAAGGCAAACCCAUACACAGUAAGCAAGCAGAUGCGAUCAGAAAAAGACUCAGAUGGGAAAAGACUUUUUAGUCCAUGUGAAUGGUUGACACAUCAGCAGAUUAGAGGUGUUUUUGCCAGUUUUGUCACAAAAAAGCAGAAACUGUCAAGUUCUACUUCACAGGCUAAGCGGUUGAAGUUGCAGGAGGUCGGUGAUGAGCAGGAUGAACUUCUUGAAAAUAUCAUCUGUAGUCUUCAGGCAGCAGAACAUUUUGAUACUGUUCAAGACAUAGCAAAUGAACUUGUGGAUUAAAUGCAUUUGACUGGAUUAUAUCGAUCGGUAUUGUUGGAAAUCAUGUUUACCUAAUUUAUGCAAAUAUUGACAUUAUAAAUGAUAGGCUAGAAGGAAUACUGUAAUAUUGAGUUAAUUGAAAUCUCCAUAAUUUACAAAGAUAUAAAAUUUUACAAUUUAAAUUUGCUCUUUUAUUCAACAAUGUUGCAGAAUAGGUUUUACUUUUGGAUAUCUUGUUCUAAAUGUGAUGGUGGGAUAAAUAAUGAUUCAAAAUUGUUUGAUAUUUUACUAUAGAGAGAGUUAAUUGUGUACUCUCCAGUACUGACAGGAAUUUUGUGACACAGAUUUAAGUUAGUCCUUGGCCAUUCUUGAAUGCUUCUUGUGAGUAAAUAUAUGUAGUUAGGUAUCCUGUAUGAUUUUUAAAAGACAGACUAAAAUUAAUGACUACAGUGUUUCGAUAAUUAUUAUUUAAAAUGCAUACAUGUAUAUAAGUACCAGAAGUUUUCAUUUUUUUGUACUUCUUGAACACAUUCUUGUACACAAUAUUAAUUAAGUUUUGUAAACAUCCUUAGCAAUGUUUGUUACAUGUAAAUGAAAUAGACAAGUAGGUAUGCAUUAAUACUGGUUUUGAAUUAAAUAUGAAAUUACUCUGAAAUUGUGAUUUUAUGGAAAAAAAUUGAUGUUUAAAAUCAUGUGUGAUAAUUUAUCAUUCUAGCCUUAAUUAUUGAUUUUCUAUGUUAAUACAUUUUCAAUGAAUAUUCCUUUAAUUAUAAUGUAAUGAAUUGUAAUACCUUUUUAGAUGCAAUUAAUUACUCUAAUAGAAUUACUGUGUAAAGUACUUUUUUAAGCUUUAUUUAAAGUGCAGAUAAUUGACUGUUGACCUUAUCAAAUAAUAUUUAUCAACAAUAUGUAUACAAUACUGUUUAUUUAAUUAAGCUUAGCAUUAUUUUUUUUUAGCAAAAAUGACAACUUUUUAAAUUUAAUAUUAAGAAAAUAAUGAGAGACAGUUGUGGGUCUUUUUAUGAUAUUGUAUUUU